CCAUUCGAAGCUCUGCAGUCAGCUACGAUGUGAGGUGUGCACAUUCGGUCGAGCAGAGAAACGAGAGGAAUACUGCGAGGGAGAAAGAGGGAGUCAAAGGGAGAGAAUACGGUCAAACACACAAGAGCAUCAUGGCACCCAUAGGACUCAAGGCGGUGGUCGGUGAAAAGAUUAUGAAUGAUGUCAUCAAGAAGGUGAAGAAGAAGGGAGAAUGGAAGGCGUUGAUUGUGGACCAGCUGAGCAUGAGGAUGCUAUCCUCCUGCUGCAAGAUGACAGACAUCAUGUCAGAGGGCAUCACCAUUGUGGAGGACAUAAACAAGCGGCGAGAGCCUCUUCCCACCCUGGAGGCCAUUUACCUGAUUACCCCCACAGACAAGUCUGUGCAGACCCUAAUUGGAGACUUCAAAGACCCCCAUUCAGCCAAAUACAAAGCAGCCCACGUCUUCUUCACUGACUCCUGCCCAGACCCACUGUUCAACGAGGUAGUGAAGAGCCGCGCCUCCAAAUCCAUUAAGACCCUGACUGAGAUCAACAUCGCCUUCCUGCCCUAUGAAUCACAGGUGUACUCUCUGGACAACCCGGAUGCCUUCCAAAGUUUCUACAGCCCCCAUAAGACCCAGCUGAAGAACCCAGUGAUGGAGAGGCUGGCAGACCAGCUUGCCACCCUGUGUGCCACCCUGAAGGAGUACCCCGCUGUCAGAUACCGAGGGGAGUACAAAGACAAUGCCACCCUGGCCCAGCUGUUGCAGGACAAACUGGACGCCUACAAGGCUGAUGACCCCACCAUGGGAGAGGGUCCCGAUAAGGCUCGUUCUCAGCUGAUAAUCCUGGACAGGGCUUUUGACCCCGUCUCCCCCGUCCUGCACGAGCUCACCUUCCAGGCUAUGGGCUACGACCUGCUGCCCAUCGAAAACGACGUCUACAGAUAUGAUUCCCCUGGGAUGGGAGACACUUCUCAGAAGGAGGUCCUGCUGCACGAGGACGAUGACCUGUGGGUGGGGCUCAGACACAAACAUAUCGCUGAGGUGUCCACGGAGGUGACACGCCAACUGAAGGACUUCUCUGCUAGCAAGAGGAUGAACACUGCUGGAGAGAAGACCACCAUGAGGGACCUCUCUCAGAUGCUGAAGAAGAUGCCCCAGUACCAGAAGGAGCUGAGCAAGUACUCCACUCACCUGCAGCUGGCUGAGGACUGCAUGAAGCACUACCAGGGCACAGUGGACAAGUUGUGUCGUGUGGAGCAGGACCUGGCCAUGGGUACAGACGCUGAGGGGGAGAAGAUCAAGGACCCCAUGAGGGCCAUUGUGCCCAUCCUGCUGGACGCUAACGUUACCACCCACGACAAGAUCCGCAUCAUCCUCCUCUACAUCUUCCUCAAGAACGGCAUCACGGAGGAGAACCUGAACAAGCUCAUCCAGCACGCCCAGAUCCCUCCUGAGGACAGUGAAAUCAUCACCAACAUGGCCCACCUGGGUGUGCCCAUCAUCACAGACUCCACCCUCCGCAGGGGGAAGAAGCUGGACAGGAAGGAACGUGUGAGUGAGCAGACCUAUCAGCUGUCCCGCUGGACACCACUGGUCAAGGACAUCAUGGAGGAUGUGAUUGAAGAUAAGCUGGACACCAAGCACUACCCCUACAUCUCUACCCGUUCCUCUGCCUCCUUCAGCAGCACUGCAGUCAGUGCCCGGUAUGGCCACUGGCACAAGAAUAAGACCCCAGGCGAGUACCGCACCGGGCCGCGCGUCAUGGUCUUCAUCAUCGGAGGCGCAUCCUUCAGCGAGAUGCGCUCUGCAUACGAGGUCACGCAGGCCAACGGGAAGUGGGAGGCCAUCAUUGGAUCGACCCACGUCUUCACCCCCACCGCCCUCCUGGAACAGCUCAAGACCAUGAACAAACCAGACGAGGAACCGGCGAGCUAAAAUUGCCCAGCCCUAUCUAUCUAUCUCCUUCCUGUCUUCUCACCUUAACCUCCCCCAGUCACUCUCCCCAGAUCCUACAUUCAUUCUGUUUGUAUCUUGCUCGAGAAGAAGAAAACAAAACAAUGACAGCAUUGAUUUAAAAAAUAUAUGUUUAAACAGAUCCAAAUCAUGUUGCAAGUAUUCUCAUGUUUUACAAUGGAUGCAAAUAACGAAAAGUAUUUUAAAAAGGUUUAAAUAUCAACUAAGGCCAUUUGAAACUGAAAGUACCAAAUGUAAUAUUGUAUGCUAUGAAACCUGCUAGAAAGUGUAAAAGGUAGAGGUUUUCUCUGUUUGUUCCCUGUUUAUCUUAUUGGUGUGAUUUGUAUUGAUAGUGGGUGGAGGAAGGAUGCCUUACUAUAGUUGGUUGGCACUAGAAAGGUCAAUGCAGUAAAAUCAUAUCACUCAACAUGCAAUAUAACUCAUCCCUGUCCUAUUAGGGGGGAGAAUCCUAGCUGGUCAAGAUGUUUGCAUCAGUAGCAUGCUGAACAUUGUGUGGACUGUUACUGUAUAUCCUUUAGUGUGGCAAUACCGAGACCAAGCAAACCGAGAAAUAAUUCAAUUACAGUGAUGUCUGUGAGUAAGACAGUGACAAACAGCUAGACUGACCCAAGGUCUGUAGAUAGAGCGAAACAGGGCUGUGUAAAUAGCUACAGAAUGGUAGAAGCAUCCCUCCUCCAGCCAUAAGACUGGACGUAUUUAGUCGCCACAUCCUUUUCCCUUUUCUCUGGAGAGAUUUCACGUUUUAGUGUCAUAAAGGCCAUUGCUUGCAGAUGUUUACAGAAUAAUCAUAAAGGGCCGCUUGUAUUUCAAUAUUGUAUCCUGUCACAUUAUACACUGAGUGCACAAAACAUUAGGAAUGCCUUCCUAAUAUUGAGUUGCACCCCCUUUUGCCCUCAGAACAGC